AAAUGCAGGCACUCUGUCACAUGGAGAGAAGCUUCGGCUGAUAUGCUUCCUGCUCUUAGGUCACUGCACUGCAUAUUGUUUCUGAAAGCUUUUGCACACGGCUCUCUUUUUCAAUACCAGCAAAAUGAGUUUGUCUGUUUCAGACUGCUCUGUGGUGGUGACAGGAGAGAUACAGUUAUUUUCCACUCACAGCCUUAUACAUUCAGCUCUACACAGACCAGAGAUGCACAGGAAGACCGACCUGCAGCUCCUCCCUCUCUCAGCGCUGAAACCACACUGAGGCUUUGCAUAUCAGGAUGUGAGUGUACUGGUGAGGGGGAAGAGAGAGUGCGUGCCUGUGUGUGUGUGUGUGUGUGUGUGUGUGAGACCAAAAAGAGCAGAAUCCCAGAAAGUUAAGUUCCAUUGGGUACACGGGGGUCAGGGCAGUAUAAAUUAUUGUCUGCAACUGGUUGUUUCCUGUUCAUAACCUUUUCCCUUUGAGAUCACGCUAAAGAUCACGCUCUGAGACCUGCUUGCUGGUCUGAGGGGGGUUUUUGCACAAUGCUGGAGGUGCAGCUCUCUCUGUGGCUCAGUCUGACUCUCAGGCCACUGACUGAAAACAAAACCUCUCUGCUCUGCCUUUGUGGUUUCCUCUGCAUGCACCCCUUUCAAACCUGGCACCUCCCUCUCUUUCUGCCUGACUCUCUCUCACUCUCUCUCUCUCUCUCAUUCUCUCUCUCUCUCUGAUUUCCUGUGGUACUUCAGAAAGAGCAGAACUAUGUGUGCUCUCUUGAGAUAAUCAGUUAUUAAAUGCAGUGUAUUUAUGAAGAAUACAUUUUUCUUAGAUCAGAGAGCUGCCACACAUCUGUUGCAAGUAGUUUGAGUAUUACUAAUCAUGGCCUUUUGCUGGCCAUUUUAUUACCUUUCACUGAGCCCAAACCACCCUUUGACAUGUUGGUAUAAUAGGAGUUUAAACAUUCUCCAAAUGUAAACAUUUUGAUUUAAUCCCAGAUUAGUUUCCAAAAACUCUUCGUAAUAAUUCCUUUACCCUUACAGCCCUUGUGAUGCCUUGCUGGGGGUGGCAAUCAAAUGGUGAACAAGCAAAAUAAAGUCAAAAACAUGCAUUGCCUUUCCUUAGCCCUCUGCAUGCACCCCUUUCAUAUGUUACCAGGCAUCUCUCUCUCUCAUUUCAGUGCGGUCAGAACUGCAUGUGCUCUUUUGAGAUAAUCAGUGAUUACACACCAUUUCUUUUUGAAGAAUAAUACACUUCAAGAACUCAGCUCAAAUGGCUGUCAAAUCUUUAACAAACAGUUUGAAAGCUUUGUAAUCGUGGUCUUUAUUGAACCACAUUGCACUACUUUCACAAACCCAAACCACCAUGAUCGUACAGUAGGGUGUUUAAAAAUGUCACAAUUGUAAACAUUUUGAUUUCAUUCAGGAUAUGAAUUGGGAGCCCAAUACCCCUGCCUGUGAGAAGGACCUGUGCUGUCCAUGGUGCUGCAGCUCUCCCAGGUUGCUUGGAUACCUGGGUGCUGGAGUGACAGCACAUCAUCACCCUUCCUGGCACCACAACCUGCACAGCUUAGAUUUUUAAACAAAAGUGCUGAUUGUAGUUAUGCAAGUAGUUUAAAGGAGCCUGUUUUGAAAAAGUUUAAUUGCUGUUCAUGCAGUCAUGGAUUUUGAGAGCUUAAUUUAUGAUUUUAAAAAAUGUAUGUAUUUAUUUCAUUUAUUUAUUUAAAAACUUACAUAUUCUAAUUUUAAAUGCAACUAGGUGCAUUGAACUGGCCCUUCAUUGAGACAAGGCCAGGAGAGAUAACAGAGGUAGUCCCCUUAAUGAGGCCAUUGUGAUGUCAUCCAGUGACAGAACCUCAGGCCUCAGACAUUGAGACCCUGGAUAUGGACAAUCUACAUCAUAUGAUAGAAGUUGAAAAAUAUCAAAAAUGCGUGUGAAUGCAAAAUCCUGUAUCAAUCCACCUACGGGCAGCACUGCCUCCUACUCCUGGAAUGGGACAGCAGAGAAAUUCAGCACCAUGGACACUGCACACAAACACACACACACACACACACACAUACACACACGCACGCAUACACACGCAUGCACACAUAGAGACGCACACACACAUACAUGAGCACACACCCACACCCACACACAUACACCCACGCACACACACAUACACACAUACACACACAUGCACACACGCACCCACACACAUAUACACCCACGCACACACACACAGACAUAUUAAUUACUGUAGUAUGAAUUGAGGUGCCUUUUUCAAUCUAAAGUUAUUCUAAAGCAAGCUAUUUAAAACAUUGUGAAGACUUCCACAUUAUUGCACUGUAAAUAACAACUGGAUUAUUAUUAUUAUUUGACCUAUAUUAAGCAGGAUGGAAAUAAUGACAUCAGUGUUCUUUUUUUGCACUGAGGGUGUUUAUCAGCAGAUGCUUGUGCAGCUCUUGUGCACCCAAAUUAUUAAACAGCCAAUCAAAUCUGCCCCUGACAUGUGCCCUCCUACUGUUCAGUGAAUGACAAGAAAUUAUUACCUCAAGUCCUCCUCUUAUCUGUACAGUUUGAGUUUUACAGCGCAGAGGACAAACAGGGUCUCAGGCAGAGGAGAGUCUCCAGAAGAGGAGAGUUCAGAUACAGUGAUGCCGCCACUCUGUGCUGUUCUUGUGCUUUUCAGCAAAGUCUAUGGUCUGCUUGGGAAGAACAUAGUUCAGCCUCACUCGCUUAUGACAGCUCAGCUUGGAGGCACUGUGACUCUCCCAUGUUUCCAUGCUAAAGAUGGUGUGCUAUGGUACAGAUGGCUUAAGCAGCCUCUUGGACAGAAGCCUGAGCAAUUGUUAAUGAUAAAAAAUUCUGAACCUUAUACUAUAGAUUUCAAUGAUUUUAUAAACAGAACGCGCCUCAGUGCUAAAGCAGCAAAGGGGACCUCGAACCUGACUGUGUCACAAGUAGAGCCGUCGGAUUCAGCCACAUACUACUGCGCUACUGUGCUCAACGAUGAACUCAGCUUUGAAGAAGGAACUACAUUAAUGGUCCUGGGGUCAGAGUCACACAGCAGGGCAGUAGUACUACAGCCCGAGUCUGAGUCAGUGCAGCCAGGAGACUCUGUGACUCUGCAGUGUACAGUACACACUGAGACCUGUGCAGGAGAACACAGUGUGUACUGGUUCAGACAGGGCUCAGGAGAGUCCCCUCCAGGAAUCAUUUACACCCAUGGAAACAGGAGUGAUGAGUGCCAGAGGAGCUCUGGGGCUGUGUCUCCCACACAGAGCUGUGUCUACAACUUCCCCAAGAGGAACCUCAGCCCCUCUGAUGCUGGGACUUACUACUGUGCUGUGGCCACCUGUGGGGAGAUCCUGUUUGGGAACGGGACCAAGCUGGACUUUGAGGGGAAUGAACAUCUUCCUCUUUAUUGCUUGGCGGGAGCUUUGACGUUGAGUGUGAUCCUAAAUAUUGUCCUCAUUCUGAAAAUGAGAAAAAGUUGUGAGAAAUGCAAAGGAGCUGCAUCAAACAACCAAGUGAGUGGAGAAGGCCUGGCGAGCAAACAGAGUCAAGAGGAAGCAAUGAAUUACGCUGCUUUGACUUUCACCACCAAGAAACCCAAAGUGAGGAGGAACAAGAGGGAAGUGGAGAAAGAAACGGUUUACUCAGAUAUGAGAUUUAGAGACCAUGAGUGAGGCUUUCCGUAAAAGCCAUCUUCGUCACAAGAAUAAUCAAAAUAUUCCCUCGCUAGAAUUGGUGAACAUCAUACUAUGUGGCUGUAAAUUUUUUUACACGUACAGCAUUUGCCUGCAGCUGUGCUUGUUUUUUGAUUCCUCUGUUUUUCAAAUACACAAAGUAAAAAUUGUGCACUCUCUGGCAGUAUCUGAUAAAUGGUCCUCAGUGUUGUUGAAUGUGUUUGGGGCAGUAGCGUAGUAUACUGCUUAGGGAACAGGACCCAAUUCUCAGGUGACACACUGCCCUUUGGCCUGUAUUAUUGAGCAAGGAUGUUAUUCUGAAUGACUUCAGGCUAUAACUGUACAAAAUGAAACUGUGUGAACAUGUAAAAUUGCACGAGUGCCUGCUAAAUGCCAGUAAUGUGAUGUCACACAGAGAUGGGAGAGUGAAAUAUUAGGACUACAAAACAAGGUCAGACUGUUAAUGUGUCAGCAGUGAUUCACUGAUUAGACGGAAUCAAAAUGUUUUGCCGUGUACAGUUUUUGUGAUUCAGAGCUAGUCAGUGAUAAGAAUAAAUAGUAGAUCCAUUCGUUUUGGGGUUAAUAGACAUAGUUUCAGCUGGGGAAAGUGUGGUUAUUUCCCCAACUGUUUAUGAAAGGUCAGAUGCUGUCCCAACCACUUUUCAUACAAUAAAAUAUUCAUCA